UCUCAGUUCUCUGCUCUCUCACACGCCGGAUUCUGGAAUCAGAACCAGAUCAAUCUCAUAAAUUCCACAAUUAUCAAUCCUCGAGGGAAAGUUUAUUUUUUCAGAUUUUUUCGAACCGUUUUAACGUCACACCUACUCUCGGUUUUUAACAGUUAACCAUUUUUACUGCCAGUGAGUUUGAGCCAACCAGCAGUGAGUUGUGGACAAGUUUUGUAUUUGACAUUUUAAGUAAUCCCAUCUUGUUGUUCACCAGCUCAUGAGAAGCAUGGAACUGUUUUGUAACACAAGCCUUGACGUUAAUCAUAGCAGAAUAUAGUCACGCUGAUUACCCGCUCGCAUUUUGUAGAUUUUCGACUAUGUUCAAAUCAUGUCUGCCAGUGUCUAUCCAAGGAACAAACUUCCUGCUAUCUGCGACUUCGAUCAACUCAGUAUGGGUGACGCGUUUGAAAAGUUCUGUGAUCACGAAGACUUUCAAUCCAAGUCAGACAAAAUUUGCAAACGUUACCAACAUAUUAACUGAAGAGAACCCUUUCAUUAUUGGGAGACAUGAAAAACCAAAAGUCGAUCGUACUGCUGAGCCCAUAAUUAAGUGUAAGCGGGCAGAGUUAAAUCAUUACAGAAACCAAAAAUAUGAAGACCUUACGAAAAUUCCACUAGCCUCAAAAGGCUGGAGACGAACGGCCUCGAAAGGAGACCACUUUUCAAUUCUAAUCCAUACCAAGGACUUCGAAGUUGUAUCGGACAAGGAGCCAUUAACCUUCAGAGAUGCGAAGCUCGAUGAAGCAUUAAUAAAUGUUCUCGCCAAGCAUCGUAUCACAGAACCCGCAGAGAUUCAAAGCAGAGCCAUUCCGCAUGUUUUAGAGGGCAAAAAUUGUCUGAUAGCAGCAGAAACAGGGUGUGGCAAAACACUCGCAUACCUUGCACCAAUCAUUCAGCAGAUUCUUCACUUGAAGCGUACCUCAAAGGAAUUGGAUACAAUUAAUGCUCCAAUCGGGCUUAUCAUCACCCCUGGACGUGACUUAGCUGAGCAAAUCUAUGAAGUCGCCUCCUGGUUUUCUUCUGAGCUGGAUCUUGAUGUUCAAGUUUUGACUGGCGGCCGUGGAAAGAAGAAAAUGUUAAACGCAAAAUUUGAACCUGUUGAUCUCAUGAUAUCCUCCUUGGGAAUUCUCAGCAAGUUCACAACAACUCGUAUUUGCUCGAUGCGGAAUAUUCGACAUGUUGUUUUAGAUGAAGCUGAUACACUAUUAGAUGACAGUUUUAAUGAAUUACUUCUUUAUUUUUUGAGACGAUUCCAGUUUACAUCUAGUUCGUAUCGUAAGGAUCUUGGUUCUCAAAUGGUCUUUGCUAGUGCCACAAUGCCCACCAGCCUGUCACAGCUUCUAAUUGAUACAGUUGAUUUGGAAAAUGUGGAACAAAUCACAACCAGAGGGCUCCAUUUUAUAAUGCCACAUGUCAAGCAAACUUUUUACAGGACAAAUAAAUCUGAUAAACCAUCGUACCUUUUGAAAUUUGCAAAAGAGGCCCAACAAAGAAAAUUACCGACUAUUAUUUUUUCCAACAAGACACCAGCAUGUGACUGGAUUAACAUAUUCCUAAAUGAUAAUGGUAUAAAAUGCGUAAAUUUACACGGAGACAUGCCAGCAGAACUGCGCAAUGGCAGAUUCAAAAUGUUUCAAGAUGGUGAAGUCAACUUCAUCUCAACAACAGACUUGUGCGCCAGAGGUUUAGACACAAGAAGAGCAAAGCGAGUCGUCAAUUAUGAUUUUCCUUACUUCAUCUCUGACUACAUUCACCGCGUUGGGAGGAUUGGUCGUCUUGGUAGUCCAGAAAAUUGUGAUGUUAUCAGUUUAGUCACAAAUAAUUAUUUAGAAGUCAAACUUCUCCAAGAAAUGGAGUUAUCUGUAAGGACCAAGACUUCGUUCCACAAUGUGAAUUCUAAUAUAAGAAGAAUAUUGCAGCACAGGUAUGAGAAGAAUGCAAAAGUAGUAUAUGAAAUUUCCGAUCAACUGGCUCCUUAAUAUCCUCAUGGCACCAAAGGAAGUACUAUCUGUGUUUGUAUUAUAUUUGUCAAAAUUUAUAAACAAGGUAUGCUUCUCUUUUGAA